AAGAAUGAAAGACCCCUCUGUGUGCACCUUGGACCUCCGCCUGUCUCUUGGACGUGUCAGUACUCAUGUCUGGUCACAUAAUUGUCUAUAAGACCUGAAUUCGACUGCACUUAUCUUUUAUGAUUAAGAUACAAUUUAACAUCUAGGGCUGAGUCGUGUUUUGGACUUCAGACUCAGAUAUAAAGCUAUAGCAACACUAACAUCUGCGCACUCUCGAGUCAGACAUGGACACCUGGGCUUUUCUAAGCAUUCUGCUAGCGGUGACGCAUUAUGUGUCAGGGCAGAGUAUGAUAAGAUGGUGCACUAUUUCUCCUGCGGAGGAGUCCAAAUGUAAAGCAAUGGCUCAGGCUUUCACCAGUGCUGCCAUUCGACCACCGCUACAGUGCGUCCGCGCCUCAUCUAAAGACGAAUGCGCUCAAAAACUAACCAAAAAAGAAGUUGAAGCCUUUUCAGCUAGUGCUAAAGAAAUAUACGACAUUGGCAAGCAAGCCAGGUUCAAAAUUGCAGCUGGAGAAUCUGGAGCAGAUGGGAAAGGAAUAACAUACUACGGUGUUGCUGUGGUUAAAAGGACAAAUUCAGCCAUCAACAUCAACAAUCUGAAGGGAAAGAAGUCUUGUCACACUGGCAAGCACCGCACAGCUGGCUGGAACGUCCCUCUGGGGUAUUUGAUUGACAGUGGAAUGAUGUCAGCCAUGGCCUGCAACAUCCCUCAAGGGGUUGCUGACUUCUUUAACGCCAGCUGUAUCCCGGGGGCUAAAGAUGACCCUGCGUCCCUGUGUCAGCUGUGCGUGGGAGAUAGAACAGGAAAAUAUAAGUGUGAUGAAAGCAUUGAAGAGCAGUAUUAUGCAUAUAAUGGAGCAUUCAGGUGCUUGGUUGAGGAUGCAGGUGAUGUCGCCUUUGUGAAGCACACAACUGUAAGCGAGAAUACUGAUGGUCAGGGUGAAUCCUGGGCUCAAGACUUGCAUUCUGAGGACUAUCAGCUCCUGUGUCGGGACGGCACCCGCAGUCCAGUCAGAGAUUAUGAGAAAUGCCAUCUGGCUCGAGUCCCAUCGAGGGGGGUUGUUGUUCACACUGACAUCAGCAGUUCAGUGGUUUACAACAUGUUGCGUGAGGGACUGCAAAAGUCUGGGUUCCCCAUGUUCUCCUCAGCAGGCUUUGAUGGAACAAACUUGUUGUUCAGUGACGCUUCAACCACAUUUAUCCAAGCUGGAAGCGAAAACUAUAUGGAAUGGAUGGGCCAAUACUAUCACAUACUGAGAGCUGUGGACUGCUCAGAGUCAGAUGUUCCCUCUCAAUUACGCUGGUGUGUCCUGUCUCAUGGAGAGCAGCAAAAAUGUGCAGACAUGGCUGUGGCUUUCAAAAGCAAAAGUUUGAUUCCUUAUAUUCAGUGUGUCUACGGUGCAUCUGUGGAGGACUGUAUGAAGAAAAUACAAAACAAGGAAGCUGAUGCCAUCACUCUUGAUGGAGGUUACAUCUACACAGCGGGGAAGAGUUUUGGUUUGAUACCUGCUGUUGGGGAGAGCUACACAGGAGAUGCUGACGGAAGUAUUUAUUAUGCUGUGGCUGUGCUGAGGAAGAGCAACAGAGACAUCAAGAGAUUCAGUGACCUCAAGAGCAAGCGCUCCUGUCACACAGGUUAUGGAAGGACUGCAGGCUGGAACAUUCCUAUGGGUCUGCUAAUAGAAAAAGGCAUCAUCAGACCGCAGACAUGCCAAGUGGCCCAAGCGGCUGGGGAGUUCUUUGAAUCAGCUUGUGUACCUGGAGCCAAUCAGAAAGGUUUCCCCAGUAACCUGUGUGAGCAGUGCAUUGGAGACUCCAGUGGUCAGAACAAGUGUGAAAAAGGCAAGGACCUAUAUGAUGGUUACGAUGGAGCCUUCAGGUGCCUUGUUGAAGAUCAUGGUGAUGUGGCCUUUGUCAAACAUUCCACUGUAUUCCAGAACACAGAUGGAAACAAUACAGAUUUUUGGGCGGUACACCUGGAUUCCCGUGAAUUUCAGCUGCUUUGUUCUCAGGACUCUCGUGCUGAAGUCACUCAGUACACUAAGUGCAACCUGGCCCGUGUCCCUUCUCACGCGGUCAUGAUAAGACCCGAUACCAACCACCACGUCAUCUUUGGCCUCCUGGACAAAGCCCAGAAUUUCUUUGGAGUUAAUGCUGCCUCAGGCUUCAAGAUGUUUGACUCCAAACCCUAUGAGGGAUCCGACCUGAUUUUCAAGGACUCAACUAUCACUUUAAUUGGUGUGGGAGGGAGGAAGAGUUAUGAGGAGUGGCUUGGCCAGAGCUACCUGGAUGCUGUAAUAGCCCUGGAGUGUUCAGCUUCAUCAACAGUGUUUUCCUCAUCCUCACUAUUACUGAUGUCUAUUAUGAGCUCCCUGUUGGCUUUGUAGCAGGUCUGCCAGCCACAGCAGGGGUCCCGGUCACUUCAUCCCAUCUUGACUCUGACCUUCAUACCCAUGCUGAUAAAUUUAGAUGAUUCAAGUUCAAAUCAAACUGCUAAAUCUAAAGCUACAAAAUGUUUAAGCAAUAGCAAUGCCUUUUAUCUGUGAUUGUAAUAGCACAUAGUACGUGUCUAGUACGGCUGAUAAGAUUACUAAGUGGGUCUAGGAAAAUUGUCUUAAAAUAGGAAUUGCAAAGAGCUGGCCAAAGUCUUUCUUUAAACCAAGUUUAAACCAAAGCUGGUUUACUUUUAUGACCAUUUGUAUUAUUUCUACUCUGAAAUUGCUGAGGGCAAUAGCCAUAUCAGUGCAUAUGCUUUGCCUGUUACAUAUUUAUUGCACAAUGUUUAUUGCAGCUUUUAAAACCGACAUUUUAUUAUGUUAUGAACUACUUGAAGGCACAUGCCAUAUCAGGGAAUAUGCUGUGUCUAGCAUUUUUCUCUUUGCUGAUUUUUUAACUAUUAUCAUGCCGUUGAAUGCAGCAUGCACUGGAGUUGUACUACUGAAAGGUUCUUUUCCUCUUGUAACAAAUUGUGCUCAUGCAUUUAAAAUUCAAAUAUUUUUGGACCAAUACAAUAAGGUCAUUGAAAUGAAAUAAGCUCUUGAAUUGUGAUAAACUCAGCAAUGCUUUCAUAUCUUGGGAGAAAUAUAUCAUUCCAGUGCUUGUGCAGUCUCUUAUGCUGCAACAUUGUCCAUAACAGACCUUUUGUUUCAGCAUUUAGUUAGUGUUGUUGCAAUGCAAGUGUUAAAUUCCAUUUACUAAGCAAUGUUCUCAAACUGUAUAGUAGCAAAGUGACAAUUUGCUUUCCUUUCUUUGUGAUAGAAACUUGUUAUAAAUUCCAAAAAUGAUACAUACAGAUCAUGUGAGUGAGAUGAAACUACACUGCAAGAAAAACAACUUAUUUUUUUCCCCCUCAAAAUUCAGAAUCUUUUGUCUAAAACCCACAGUGGAGCAGAUGAUUUAUACAUUGUUAAACAUAGUAUCACUUCCUUGCUUUCUUGCUUUCUGAUGUGUUUCUUUGAGAGAUUUAUUUUUAUUUCUUCAGAUACCAUAUCAGUGUAUAUGUGCUGACACAUGAAUGUCCCACAUUAAUACCUGCUUUGUCUUGAAAUUUCUUGAUGAAAUGAUUGAGAUAUAACUAAUAUUUAGUUGCCAGGCCAGUGCGUCUGCUCAAGUAUUACAACAAUUAUCACUUAUUUUAAAUAAACAAGCAUC